AUGCAACAAGACCUAACCUUCGCGGAAGUCGGCUCAGACUGGCCUGGAUGGAACCCAUCAGCAUUGAGUGGUUUCGAAUGGUGGACCCUCAUGGCACCUAAGAAACGACAACACAGGCCCAUUCCGCGCUAUCACGACAAAGUGUUUUCUCCUCCACAUUUGUGCAUUUGGAACAUAAAGUUUGACGCGUUCAAGCUGUUGUGCAACUCCCCGGAUGCUAUAUCAAUUGGAGUAACCGCGCCUCAGGUAACUCCGCGAGGCCAAAGUUGCAUUGAGCGGUUCCCGGCUGAACUGCUGGCCGCCAUCUUCAGUCUUCUCGAUCCUGAUGACUUCGUCGCUUUCGGUCUAUGCUCUCAGACGCUCUGGGGGCAUGCUAUGCAAUCUACAAAGAAAGGGUACCACCGAUGGAAGGAGACGUAUUCGUUGGCUGGUACUCCCGUUAUGUAUGUUGGCUCGCAUCUGAAAGUCUUACCACAAUUUGUGUACGAGGAGUACCCCGACUUGAUCCCGGAGGAAACGCCGCGGGAAAUACGUAAAGCGAGACGGAUGACAACUCGCACGACUGCCGCAUUCAACAAAGCAGUACUAGAGUUCGAUCAGACGCCCUUGGCCUACGAUGAUGCUCAUAGGGUAUCAUUCACCAAGCAUAUCGCCAAUGCUGACAUCCCCGCGAAUCUACACCCGAGUAUGAUAGCCUCCUUUCCUACCUUUAGCAUUGAAAAAGGAAGUAAAUGGCUGCUCCGUAACUUGACAAACAACGAGUUCAUCCGUAUGGAAGCUGUCAACACAACCACUGUGGCCCACAAUGGACACAGUUGGCUCACGUUGGAUAUCCUUUUAUACUGGCUCAUCUGCUGGCGCGGCAAUGGCGACCAACAAAUAUUAGAUUGGGAAAAUCUCGAAGGCUUCAUAGGCGCCACCAACAGGGCCAGGGACGGAACGUGGCGCGGUGCCUUGUACGAAUCGGCAUACAGUGCCUUCUGGCCAAUCUGGUCUGGAAAUUGGGCUGGGCAUAGUUUGGAAGUGGUUACAGACCGAGGUCUGGAACAGGGGUGGGUUGAUCGCACUCCGGCAUUUGGCCGGCUAGCUCCCAAGUUGUUACUUACCAUGUACACUUUUUCUCUGUCUGAAAGAGAUGUCAAGCCCAAGAGGUAUUGGGAGGAGGUAUUUGAGCAGCUUGGAGAUGUUGUUGAUGAAGUUACGGAAUAUGAACGGGAUGGAAAGAAGUGGACGGAGACGCAUAAGUUCAUUGUGUCGUUGCGGACGCAUGCUACUGCUUUGUGCGGUUGUGGGGGAUGA